GCCUUCCGGAAUCGAUCCUCACGAAGGAGCCGUCAUUCUGAGCUUUUAAUGUGAGCCUUGCGGUCCAAGUCCGGCCAGAUAAUCGCCUCCGAAGCUUGGCCUGGAAGGCUGCGAUUGCGUGGUUACGCCAUUCGACAGCGUUGCUUGGACUCCCUCUGGUUCAACUCGAGACUUGGAAUUUAUAAAAGAAAGAACGAGCCGUCGGUGGAACUCGCAACACCAUGAACAACCAUCCGCCCAAUCACCCCUUGUAUAACACCUUGGGUAACCCCACCAACAUUCAUUUGUUGGAUAGCAUGUUUAGCAUGCCCACCCCGGAGCAAUCCGUACACAAACCCACGCUGAUCCCGGCCCAAUACGCCUACCAGGACAUGCAAGCCUUGAGCCAUCCGCACCACGCCAUGAACUUGGCCCAAAGCCAUGUGGUAACCACGGCUGCCCCGGCCACCACGUCGGUCUCGUUGAGCGAAAUCGCCGUCGCGCCCCAAGUUCUGAUUUAUCAGGAACCCACGGAUCCACAGCAUCAACAACAGCAACAACAACAACAACAACCCAUUAGCUACAAGAUUCCGCAAAUGGAGACCGCGAGUGCGGCUAACGUAGCCGUGACCAUUCCGGCCUCAUCCAUCGUGUCCCAUCAGACGUUGGGUGUUCAGGUGGUUCAAACCACAGCAGGAGCCGCCGUGGUGACGGGAGCGGGUAUUCAAACCCUGGGCGAAAAAAAGAAAGAUAUUGUGGCGGAAGCGGCCUCCAAGAUCUUCGAGGAUAUUGGCGGGAAGAAACCGGAUCAGAUUGUCGCCUCAGCCGCCGCCUCUUUACCCACUGCCGUCAAGUCCGAACCGGUGCUGGCCAGUUCCGGACCCUCCACGGGGGUGGUAACCGACCCAUCUGUCUCGGCGGCUUCCAAUGUUAAGACCGAGGUGAGUGGAGCGUCCACGAGCAAACCGGCAGGAUCCAGUGCGGCUAAAACUCCCGUCCCAGUGCGAGCGCAAGCGGGACGACCACGGACCGUGACUCGACCCAUGCAUCGACAGCAACUUCUCCCACCCCGCCUACAGUUGCUGGAUGACGAGGAUGAUGGUGUGACAUGCCGCAUGUGCCUCCAAGCCUUUUGGUACAAAAAUCAACUACUCGAGCACUUGAAGACCAACCAUUCGAUAACGGAUCCUGAUCGCUAUGAGCGGGAAGAACGCGAAAAGAAGCUUCGACGACGUCGGGAAGAACAACAACGCCACAUAAUGGCCAAGCGUCAAAGAAUGGCUGCGGCACAAGGUCGCCUGGGGCGUGGGGCUGCUAGCCGUUUGGGCAAAGUGGCCAUUCCCGGGCCUCGACCUUCAUUCCAAUACCGAGAAGGGGCAUUCAUUUGUGACUUGUGCAAGAAGAGCUUCAGUGAUGGGAAUGACAUGGUGUCUCAUUGGAAACUUCAUGUGAAAAAGCAACGGCAACUCGAUGCCGCUCGUGCUGCUACAGAGGAAGGAGGUAGCCGUGGUCGGGGUCGUUCCGACUAUUCACCCCCGCGUCGAGGGCGAGGACGAGGGCGUGGAAGAGGAUAUAGGUCUUCCAGAGGUCGUCCAAUCAGCGGCUCGUCUGCUGGGCGUGGUCGAGGUCGUGGCAGAGGCCGAAGAGACAAAGGCAAACCCAGGUGGACAGCCUACUUGGUUUGGUCUACUCGACGAAGGAAAGAAAUCAGUAUCGACUCGGCAGGUCUUGGAUUUGCUGAAGUGGCCAAGAUAAUUUCGGAGGAAUGGAAAAAAGUGGAAGAUAAAGAGCGGGAAAAGCUACAAGAUGAAGCCGAGCUGAUGAAUGCCCGAGGCCAAAGAAAAUUGCCCAAGGACAGAGAAGAAAGCUCGGAUGACGAGACCACUACCGAUGAAGAAGAUCCUCCUUUUGACGAGGCCAACAUCAAACCUAUUAUGUUGAAGAUCAAGCGGGAAGACGGUGAAGAAGAAGAGGUCAUGGAGGGAGAAAAACGCUCCACACGAAAGAGGAAACGUCCCUCAUUCUUUCAAGAAUUUGAAAACGAAGAAAAUAACCUAGACAAGAUUCUGGAUGAAUUCGAGCAAGAACAAAUCGAAGAGUCAAAGAAGCCGAAAGCGGAGAAGAAAAUUCGCACUCCAAGACCUGGUGGACCCCGAAAACGUCGAGUUCGCACGCCUUCCCCGGAUGAGCCUCAAGAGCCUGUUGAAUUGGAGCGUUCUCGAUCGGGUCGAAUGCGGAAAAAGCCCAAGUUUCAAGCCUAUUUCAAAGGCGACGAAGGCGAGGAAGAGGAGGAAGAGAUCUCUUAUGAUGAGGAAGACGAAGAGGAUCGCGACGAAUACAAACCUGAUGAAAGUGAUGAGGCCGAAGAGGAUCCCGAGGAGGAAUCCGCUGGAGACGAGGAAGAAUUAGAAGAAGAAGAGAUUGAAGGUGAAUUAGACGAAGAUGGCAACCCAAAAAAACGAAAGCGAAUUGCCCUCCCGCCCAAGAAACGAGGCCCCAAAAAAAUCAUGACCGAUGCAGAAAUUGAUGAAGCCACUAAAGCUGCCAAGGAAGCCAAGUCAGGAGGCGAAUUUGGCGAUGGCAAUGCCGGUGGUGAAGACAAUGGCGAGGGCGAACAGACAUCUGAUAAGGUCAAAGACGGUGGAGAACCUGCAAGCCAAACAGAAGACGGUUCGACGAUCGAAAAUGUAGAAUCGGGCGACAAAAAGUCCGAACCUGUCGUGGAGGACUCCAUUUCGACCACAAACGAAGCCGAGUCCAUGAAUGUGGACGCUUCUGGAAUGGUCUCCGAAGUCACGGAGGAGGAUCCAACUGAUGCUGAAGCUGGCGCAUCUGGAACCGGCCAAGACAUGUCUGUACAAAUGGUAGUGGAAGAAGACGACGAUGUCGAGUCGGUGAGCGUAACCAAGAACGUCCGAGUGAUUGAGGCGAGCGUUGUAGCUCCGGUCUCAGAAGAGUCACCGGCCCCUACCAGUGAUCCAGUGCCAUUACCCGUCUCCGAUGCUAGCGAAGAGCCCUCAAGCAACGUACCUGAUACAUCGGAGAUCCCACCAGAAAACGGGUCCACCAAUGAGGAUUUAGUUCAAAGCCAGAGCAAAGAGAAUGAUGAUGCUCCCAGUUCAACCGCCGUCGAUGCUGCUGUCCCCUCGGAGGAAGACUUGCUGAACACGGCCGUGCCUUCAAAGAUGGAAGAAGGUGAUGAUAAGUACAAGGACAUUAUUGCAGAGGCUCAGUUGGACAGCAUAUUUAAUUGAAGCUGUCUUUGCUUCUGCCGCAACGUUACGCCGCAAGUCGCAAUUGUAGAUAGUCAACACAGAAGAGAAGACAAGAGUUUUAUUUCAAAUAUCUACAGAAUACUAGACAGGCAGAGAGAGGCCUCCCCCCCUACCCCUUGCCCUCUCAAUACCGAAUCGUAACAUCUCUAAAGUCGCACACCACUCCUAUGACUACUUACGCUAGCAUCUCGUCCACUCAAAAGUUACUGAACUAGAAGAGGUGCCCCUUAAGUCCAAGCCAUCUCUCCUCCGCUUCUUCUGGAACUAAGCCAUUCUCAUUAUUGCAUACAAGUAGUGAAACUACUUCAGUCUCGACAUCAUUAUUUUUCGUAGAAUGAUAUUCUCAAUAACCUUGUUCGUGAAGCUUGUUAAGAAUCCACUUCCGUGACGUCUAAAGAGUUUUCUCAUGUUCCGAAUGCAAAAUGAACAUAAGUUUUACGACAAUGAACCGCAAUGUGAAUGAGUA